AUGACUUCUCUGUCUCUGAAAGGCCCAGGCGCUGCGCAGACAUACGAUGGGGCUGGGCUACGAAUCGCCAUUGUCCAUGCGAGGUGGAAUAUGGGCAUAAUUGGUCCUCUCGUGGAUGGGGCUAAGCGGAGCCUCCUUGCAGCUGGAGUUUCUGAGAAUAACAUAACCAUCCACACUGUUCCAGGCAGUUAUGAGUUGCCCUUCGCCGUGCAGAAGUUAUACGCGGCUUCCCAGAUUGAAGCUUCCAAAGGCUCAGCCUCGGCGCAAGGCAUCAGUGCCACCGAUUUGCUGUCCUCCUCUACAGCGGACCUCACGAAGGCAUCUCCACAGUCGCCAUCUUCCGAUACGCCUAGACCUUUUGAUGCCAUCAUUGCCGUUGGAGUGCUGAUUAAAGGGGAGACUAUGCAUUUCGAAUACAUCGCGGAUGCCGUCUCUCAUGGAUUGAUGCGUGUGCAGCUCGAUACGGGAGUGCCGGUCAUCUUUGGCGUGCUUACUGUCUUGACUGAAGAGCAAGGCUUGGAAAGAGCCGGCAUGGGCAAAAAGGGGAUGCACAACCAUGGAGAGGACUGGGGUAAUGCUGCAGUAGAACUUGGAGCAAAGAGAAGAGACUGGGCUGAGGGUAAAGUUGUUUAG